AUGCGACUUCACUUUUCCACCACACCAUUCCAGUCUCUUUACGCGGCAAUUCAAAAUGAAAAUUAUGAUGCCCAAAUCACCUACAUGAAUUUAUUGAAAGAUGAUCUUCUUAAUGUCUUGGUUCAUCCAGAAAAGAACCCCACUUCAAGAAAGAGCGUUGAGUCUGGAAAGGCUGUUUUCACUGAUGGGUCACAAUUUGAGUUAAACGAUCAGUUCAAAGCUACUGCACUUAAGUUAUCGGAUAGGCUUAAUUUAGACGAGCUUAUUGCUGCAGAAACCUUGUUUUAUGCCUCUAAAGAUGAGUCUGGAAGGCUCGGGAUGCAGUUUCUUGAUCUAGGACUUGCAGCCUAUCAUACACGUCGUCUUUAUAUUUUGCAAAUAGUUUCCUAUUACGUUUGUCGUGGUAUAAUAGUGUGCGAUAACGGAGAAUUAGAGUGCACUAUCAGUAAAAGCUUGGAUGAUGCCAGCUCACAUUUUCGAAAAAUAAUAUCUGUUCAAUCUCCGAAAUUACUGGAUUCAUUCAUACAAAUAGAAAACGAGCUUAGAGCUACUUCACAGUUUGUUGAACGGUCAAAACUUCUUGGGACAUAUUAUCUUGGUGGACCAAUUGCUCAUGGAGUCGAAUACUGUCGUGGAUCACUUUAUCGACAAUAUCAACUUCUUGGAGAAAUAUAUUGGGGUAUUACUGGGAUUCAAGACUGCAAGUCAGAUAAUGGCCACGAUGGCCAAAGUUUCAAUUCUUCGAGUUUUGUUUGCUUCUCCAAAUUUUUCAACCAUUUGCUGUCAAUGAAAAUCGAGGAUAUAUUUUCGUUAUGUAUUUUGCCAGGAGUACUGAGACACAUAACUUGUUUGGAAAAUUGGCAGGAUGCGGACAUAGCAACGUUUCAUGCAAUUGUUAUAAAAGAUACCUUAGACACUACGAAAUUGGCUUCCUCACCUUUAAAAGCUUUUAUUUUUACACACUUCUUGUCUCAUUUCAUACCCUGGUGCAAAAAAUCUUCUUCUAGAAGUAAAAAAUAUCCAUUUGAAAAAUCUGUUGCCAUACCAUUACGCAAUUGCAUUUCAAUUGGGGGUGCACUGGAGUAUAUUAUGAACGUUUGCGCUGAGACUAGGGUUCGUGACCCUUCUUUCAGACUUUUUUAUGAUUUUAGAGCUCUUUUACAACGUCAUGUGCCUCGAUUAGUGCCUCUUCUUUUGGAAGAUGAGCAGGACCCCAGUUCAUCAACUGGGAAUGGAAAGGGUAAUUCAAGUAAUUCCGUAUUAUCAAAUUUUGCUAACACAACUGCGACAGGCAAUAUGAAUAUUACUACUGAGCCAUUCAAUACUCAAGGACAUUCCAUUAGAGAAAAGGAGUUAUUUUUUUUGUACCGCAAAAAUCAUCUUUCAUUGCGGACAUCCGAAUUCCUUGCCCCAGUUUUCGCUGAAUUUGCCUUGUCAUUCAUCGAAAAUUCUGCCUUCAUCCUGACAGAAAUGCGAGACAUGGAGGAGGAUCUUUUACUAUCAUCCGACCAUCCGGAUUUGGACUCGAUGGCCGACAGUGCUGAUUUAGAAAGAUUCUAUAUGACAGUGUAUUAUAUCUUCAAUGGUCGACCAGAAUUGGGCUCUGUCUUUUGGCAGCACGCCAGCGAUGGUAAUAUUAGUUCAGCAUAUGGCUUUCUUCAGUGGGGAUCCCAUUGUAAUAGUCCACUGAUUGUCUCGGUAUUCUGCGUUUUGUUAUCGGCUCUUUCAUGUGGUCCUCAGAAUGCAGUUCAGGCGUUCAACUUUCUCCAAAUUACAAAUGACGUUUCGGGUAUCGACGAUGCCAACGCCAAAGCGAGCCCAAUCGGGGGUGAGCGUGGAUGCUUUUCGAUUCUUGGUAAACUAAGUUGUGUUAGUUGGGCCACCAUAUAUACUUCAAUUGCUCAAUACAACAAAGAACUUACAGGAAAAAUUAUGGAUUCAGAUAAUACAGGAAUAAACAACAAUUCAAACACAUCACCUAAUAUAUUUUCCACAUUAUCUUCAUCGUCAGUAACAGCUUCAAACGGAGUUACGAAAAAUAGUACAAAAGCGUCCGUGCUAUCUAUUCCGGAGGGAUCAAUGGUUUUGAGACGUCGAUUGGGUGAGGAUUCUAUCUUUUUCCUUGCAGGAUUGUUUCAACUCCUUGAGAGUGUUGCAAAGAACAGCUCUCAGGCACGUUCCGGUCUUCUUUCUAGUGAUGAUUAUCAGCUCUUAAAAUUACUAUCAAGAUUUCUUUUUGCUUCAACACCCUUAUGUGGGGCAGCCCUGUCUGUGAUGGCUUCAUUGGUUGGGCCAUUAUAUACAGAAAGGCAGAUGUUUUGGAAAAUUCUUGAUGAGUGGCUUUUUACUUAUCAAUUUUCCAAUUCUCAUGUGAGCAAAAGAGCUCAGGAUGUUAUCUUAGAGAAGCUAAGUAGUUAUGAGGACAUUCUUGGAUUCGUUCGUCUUUUAAGAGCACUUUUGAAACCCAAACAUGGUUCCUCAUUUAAGGGUUUAGAACUACAAUUUCCAUCUGAUCUUGGUUAUCGUGUUCACAGGCCUGGUGUAUCUUGCUAUUUGGAGGUCACGGUCAAUAUUUUAAAGCAAACGGAAAAAUCAACCCUUGGAAUUAACAAAAAAGUUGUUGUUGAACUUAUUAUUUUAGACUUAUGGGUUGAAUGCAUCAGUCAAAUCAGUCCUGAUUUAUCUAAGAGCUCAAAUGCUGCUGGAAUAACUGAUAUGGAUAAUUUGGUUGUUGGAAAAAGUAUUGUUAACUAUCUUCAAGAGCAUCCAGGCUCUUUAAUGCUAUGUCUUGCAUGUGAUUCAUCACUUUAUGAUGUGUUGUUCUCAAUUUCACAUGCAGGAAUUGAUGUUAUCAAUUUUCUACCUGAUACAAGCCCUACAGUUUUGCUUACGAAUCAGUGUAUCAAUUUAAUGAGCAUCCUCUUAGAUAGGCAAACUUUCCUUGUGGACGAAUUGUUACCGGUAUUAAGAUUAUCAGGAAAUAAGUAUUUCGAUGAGAGCCUUAUAUCGAGAGUUUCUUCAUCUGAUGGUCUUGCAUCUUUGCACCAAGCUCUCAUGUUAGAUAUUACCCUUGUGACGGACGUUUCUUUGUAUAUAUCUUCCGGAAAGUCGGAUUUAGCGCGAAAUUGUUUGCAGCUUAUUGCUCGUCUUUCAAUUGAUUCGGUUUUUGUCAACGAGACAAGUACAAGCCUCUUAUGUUCCAACAGGUUGUUAACAUUGUAUGAGACGAUUGAUGAUUCAAGAAGAAUACGGUUAGGUUUUAUACAGCAAUUUGAAUCUCAUGGAAGUAUUAACUCACGGGUGGAUGCUGAUUUGAAGCUUGAAAUACUUGAAUAUUUGGUCUGUGAUUUGAUUAAUCGGGGAGCCAAUAAACCUUGUGUUUCGCACUUUCUUCUCGGAUUUGAUACUUCGAGGAUGGUUCUUGGUUCUGUGUCUGAUACAAAUUUGGGAGAUUCACAAGAUACGGGUAGCAUAUUGUCACCACGUUCACUUUUGAAAUCGAUUGUACUUGCUUUAAUUGAAACAGCUAAGCUGCUGUAUUCAAACGAGGGUUCUUCGUUUUACUUCAUCUCUGUUCGUUUUUGCAGUUUAGCUUCACAUUUACUUUUUUUGCUUUGUGAUAAUCCGCUUAUCGGGCCUUGCGUGUUGGAUUGGCUACGACAGGUUGGUGGAAUUGAUAAUUCUUGUAUUCUUUCUUUACUUACUUUUACAAGCAAGGUAUACAAAGACCAACUUUGGGAGGGAAGAUAUUUCGAUCCAAAUUUUUCAAGUGAAAACGCAUUUUUACAAUCUGACAAUGGUAUUAGUCUGGCCACCCUUGCAGCAUUUACCGAAUACAGGUUUUAUCUCAUAAGAUUACUUAUUUUGGAGUUGCAUUCGGUUUUUACAAGUGGCUCAGUUACCUGGCCGAAAAGGUAUUUUGAUGUUUUGAUCAAUCAGAGUUCUUCGAUGGGCUCAUCACGACUAUUUGACAUGUUGGAUAUACUUCAGUUUGAAGCACAAAAUUCCGUGAAAACUCCUGAUCCCUUGUUCGCAAAAUUUGAUUUUGCGUAUAUUUUGAAUAGGAUUCGCUGUGAGCAUUAUAUUUUUAAUGUUCCUUUGGCUGGUCACUAUGAUUUGUCUAUUGUGGAUAAUCUUGUUGACCUUUACUGCAAGGAGGCACAUUCCAUUGGAAUCGUCCAGCAAGACGAGAUGAAAGACGGUCUUGCUUUAUUGUCGAAUGAAAAAGAUGUUUUGAAGUCUAUUCUUUUGGCCACAGCAGCCUUUGAUGAUUACAAAGCACUUUCGGUGCGGCAUAUCCAUUACUGGGCAAUUUUGGCUCAGCUUGUUACAGAAAAUGGUGAAACAUUGCAUGUCCCUCUUGUUUCGCGGCUUUUACAACUUUCAAUUCCUUUAAUUGAUGAUUACUUUAGUCGUGAUCCUUCCUAUAGUGAGGAUCUUCUUUCAAUGUGCUUAUCGUUGUUGCAUCACUUAGAUCGUGUUAGCAUUUCUAAUGAGUUGAUUUCAGCUUUAAUUCCACUCGGAUCCACGGCUAUCACCGGUAUUCGUCUUCCUGGACUUUCGGUGAGCUCUAAAGUUACAUCUUAUACGAUUCUUACGUGGGUACUACAUCAAAUGUUAAUUAAGGAAUCAAGAAAAGAAUUAGGGCUGCUUCUGGUUGAAGUCAAGGCUUUGGGUUCAAGAUUAAUGAACUAUAUAUUCAACGAUGCUCUUUUGGCGGAUUCGAGUGCCUGCAUUUCAGCUAUUGUUCUUCUAGACACAUUAACACAAGCAACUUCUUAUCUUCAAAGUGAUUCCAAAGAUUCGAAUUUUGUUAUUGAUAGCCUCUGUACUUCUCCGACAUUUUUGCCCACUCUUUUGAAAAAGCUUGAAGUGUCACCAUUUAGGGAGUCAACGGAUUCUACCGAAAAGGUUGCACUCCUUCUCUUAAUUCGUGUUGCCCAAACUCGGCGUGGAGCUCAGCAGCUAGUUCAUCUCCAGCUUUUUUCAACAUUAAACUCAUCACCUCUUUUAAAUAUAGAUCCAGAUACUGUUCUUGAUCCGUCCACAUGCGAUUCAGCUCUUUGUUUUUUGGUGCCUAUAUUUCGCUUAAUUGAUACAACCAUAAUAACUUUAGGCCCUCAAAAUGACAUUGCUCUGAAAAAUGCUUCCAACUUGUUGUGCAGUCAUACAGAUUUAAUUCGUCCUAUUUUGAAGAGUCAAGUUGUUUGUCACAGUUCUUCAAGUAUUGCUGUUACUAAGGAAUUAGCAUCUUUAAUAUAUACAGCAUCUAUGUAUCAUUCGAAAUAUUGGGUGCCUGUUUCUUUAUCGACUGGUCACAGACCUAUUUUUGAGAAUCUGGAACACGAUAUUGUCGUUCAAGAUGGAGUUGGACUCUAUCAGGGUAGUGCCAAGUUGUUACAGUACCAAGAUGGACGUGUAUAUCUUACUAAUAAGCGUAUUAUUUACGUUCCGGAAGCAAUGGUGUCAAAUUCACAUAAAAUAGUAGCAAUUGCACUAAGGCUUUCAGUAAUACUGCGGUGUAUCUUCCAUCCUGGAUUUCUCACUUCCAGUCCCAAGGUCGAGAUUGUUUUGCGUUCAAGUGGCGUCAUACAUCCUUCAAAUAAGUUUAGCGAUCAAUCAAAGAUUUCUGAUUCCAAUGAAACGAAAAGUUUCACUGAUAGCGCAUUUAGCCAUUUGAAUCCUAAUUUAGAUUCAGAACUCGUGUGGAUAUGUCCGAUUUGUUUUCUAUCGAAUACACUAAAACUUGAUGGUGGUUCCAUUUUUAAUAUUAAGCAUCAAAUAGGUGUACCGCCAAAAUGUGGUGCUUGUGGUGUUACCACUACGUGGAAUAAUUUACAAAAAAGUACGAUGCUCGCUGGUAUUAAAAAGAGUCAAGCACAUUCCAAAUAUACUUAUGAUUUACCUGAAGUUGAUAUUGUUAGUUUUAAUAACUACCAGUGUCCACGUUGCACGUUUGUAAAUCAUCCAUCAAUGGUAUGUUGCGAGAUGUGUGGGACUGCUUUACCAUCUAAAAAAAAGCACACUCAAAUAUUGGGUCAUUCCAUGGAAAGUCAUUUGAAUCAAUCUUCAAAUGGGAAAUAUGGUGCCGACUUUCGUUUGGAAGCAGAUAACUUGGUUGAUGAUAACGUAAUAAAGCUAAGUUUUCGGUUGGGUGGCGAACAUAAUUUCUAUAACAAGCUGUAUCAGGCAAUAAAAGAUCUUGAUUGGGAAAGUAUUCAAAGGAAAAAUGGCGUUAAUAGGGGAGUGGUGACAUCAUCCGUAAAUAAUGGAAUUAACUUUUCUAAAGCUUUAGAAAAUGUUGGUCCCAGCACAGGUAUUCAUGGCUUACAGUCAUCAUUUAUAAAAAAGAAUUAUGAGACAUCACUAAUUCUCAAUGACUCGUUGCAGGAUCUUAAUAAUCUUUUUGAAAAGGGGGUGCAACUCAUUAAGCUUGGGCAACGGUACCAGAAAGUUCUUCUUGGUGCCGAGGAAAAGUCAAUCCAAUCUAUCAACAGUGAUCUGGAAAUACUUCAGACUUCUCAUAGCACGGCAAAAACCUUAACAUCCAUGCUUUUAAGAAAAAAUAAAUUCAUGAGAGCGAAAGGUCAAUACACGGGGAUUUCAAGUUUGCAAAGUUUAAAAAGAGCGGUGGACGUCAAAAAAGGCACAAGUACCUAUAAGGUUGUAUAUAACCUUUAUCUGAAGGAGCUUUCAAGGCAUAUAUGUGAAUUUUUGAUUGAAGAAGACAUUCUAGAAAAGCGAAAUGGUCUUAUUACGUUAUAUGAACUCUACGCAUUGUACAAUGAAGCUUGUGGUUUUGAUAUUGCCACUCCUAAAGAAGUUCUGAAGGCGAUUUUGUUGUUCUCAAAAUUCAAUUUCAAUUAUGUCAUAACAGAAAUACCGCUUACGAAAAAGGAAGAAAGUACUGCUUCUAUGAACAUUGAAUGUACUCAAAAGGUGUAUAUAAUUUCAUAUAAGAAGCUUGAUUCAUCGUCGGUGAUCGGGAAAAUUUUACAGAUAUUGUCCGAUCAUCCGGGACUAUCUAUUCUACAAAUUCAGCAAGAGAGAUGUCUUCAGAUUAGUUUUAUUAUUAUUGAGAGCUUACUUAAUGAGAUGUUAAAUGAUGGGAUAUUAGUGAUAGAUAAAACAUUACAAGGUGAAUUUUUCUAUCCAAAUAAAAUUUUAAGCCAUGAUGAUUCUGAUAGUGCCAUUGCAAAUCGGAACUUCAAAUUGAAAAUAGGCAAUAAGAAGCAAAAGAAUGAAGGCACACCAUCACCUAUAUUCAAAGCUGCAUCUGAUGACAAAAGUGAUGGAAAUCACAGAGAUGAUAUUUUAAAAGAAUUGGCUGGAUUGAAGUUCUGA